AUGGCCCAGGAGGCCCUGCACCUGGCCGUGAUCCACGAGCACCUGGAGUUCCUGGAGUCCAUCCUGCGGCACACGGAGCACUCGCCCUACCUGGACCUGCAGAACGACCUGGGCCAGACCGCCCUGCACAUCGCCGUGGUGCUGGGGCUGGCCGGGGCCGUGCGGCGGCUGCGGGCGGCGGGCGCGGGCGUGGCCGUGCGGGAGCGGGGCGGGCACACCCCGCUGCACCUGGCCUGCCGCGAGGGUCACCCCGCCUGCGCCCGCGCCCUGCUGGGGGCACCCCCCGAGCCCCGGGACCCCCCCCGGGACCCCCGCAAGGAGGAGGAGGAGCGGCGGGCGCAGCUGGAGAGCGUCAACUACGACGGUUACACCCCCCUGCACGUGGCCGUGCUGCGCCGGGACCCGGAGCUGGUGCAGCUCCUGCUCCGCGCCGGCGCCGACCCCGACCGGCCGGAGCCGAGCUGUGGCCGCAGCCCCCUGCACUUGGCCGUGGAGGCGCAGUGCCCCGAGGUGGCCGAGUGCCUGCUGCAGGGCGGGGCGCGGCCCGACCCCCGCACCUUCUCGGGGUUCACCCCCCUGUACAGCGCCCGGCGCCGCCCCGACCCCCGCCUGCCGCCCCUCCUGCGCCGCUUCGGGGCUCGCGACCCCCCCAGCAGCGACAGCAGCGACAGCGGCGACAGCAGCGACAGCGAGGGCGGGGCCGAGGACAGCGAGGACGAGUACGACGACAUCGUCAUCAACAGCAGGCGCUGCCCGGACUGA